UUGACUCCACUCCAGCCUUUAUAAGGAGCAUCCUCGGCAUCAUCCUGUGGUAUAUAAGUACUCAUCACCUGUAUCAAGACCCAUAAGGACCCAUUGUCUUCCAGGUCCGAGAAGUAACAGAACUAUAAUAAACAAGAGUAACCAGGAGAAACCAACGAUUGAAAAACUGGAAAAAUGAAUCGGAGGGCAAGACGUUUUGAGAGAGGCUUUAACUCUGAACCUCUUGCUGUCCUUCCAGCUCCUCCUAGACGGCAAAGUCUCAGACAACGGGGGAGGGGAAAUACUGGUGGGAUUCUUUUCCGGAACAGGCAAAGAACAGGACAAGGCGCUGUUUAUCAAGGUAUACACCGAAGCAUCAGACAAACUAAUAACCAGCCUUUGUUCUUAAUGAAUGAUGCAAUAUAAAAAUGUGAGAACUAUGCAAAAUUAUGUAAUUUCUUUUCAAAUGGCACGGUUUUGCCGGGUUUCAAAAUACACAAGUCAAUACCUUUUUGGAUUAGUUUGGAUUCAGUUACAUAUUGUGAUAGACUGUAUAUAUAGAAAUGUAAUUAAUGUUUUGACUCAUGUAAUUUUUGACACAGAAAGAAAUCAAGAAAUAUUCACACGCGAAAGGCAACUGUCAAACCUGAUUGUGACCAGUUUGCAACCACUAUCCAUUUUAAAAGAUACUGGUUUUAAGGCUUUUUUGGAUAACAUAAAGCCUAACAUCCUUCCAAAGGAGACAUACUUUAUUCGAAAAGAACUUCUCCGAAUGUAUACAGUCACAAUGCAGAAGGUGAAGAAAGUCCUUGCCUUGGCCGAUGACAUUGUUUUAACAUCUGAACUGUGGGAUUCAAGGCCAGAAGAGUCCUACAUGACGGUGACUUCUCAUUUCAUCGACCAACAAUGGAACCUGAACUCCUAUGUUUUAGAGACUACUAAGGUUCUGGGCGGACCUGAACAAAAAGCAGACAUGGUAAAACAGCUGGUAAGAAUUGCAAACACCUGGGAGAUUAAACGUAAGAUCCACACUGUGGUGACAAACAUGGAUGGAGUCAGGAUGGAAAUUUCUAAAAAUGGGUGGACACACAUACCUUGUCUUGCCCAUACACUAGACGUGGUCUUCAAAGACGUGUUGAAAAAUGAUUCUAUGCUAAACGAAGUGCUAAGGAAGUGUCAGAAACUUGUGAGGUUUUUCCACAUCGACACCGAAGCUCAGAAAGAACUGAAACUUGCUCAGAACGAACGAAGUCUGCCUCAUCUUAGCCUGAUCCAGUCGGUUGGUGAUGGAUGGCUUUCCUGCUUCGAAAUGCUAAAAAUACUUGGUGAGCAGUACAAAGCUAUUAACAAGGUGCUUAGCGAUAGGCAAGAUUUUGCAUUAUGUCUUUCUCCACCUGACAUAUUGAAAAUCAACAAUGCUGUAGCAGCUCUUCUGCUUUUCAAAGAAUUAACCAGGAAGAUGUCAGACAUCCCUAAUGGUCAGCGGUACAGCUUAAUCUCUACCGUCAUUCCUCUUGUCACAGAACUUAGGGACAAAAUCGAAACAGCACAAAUUACAAAUGAGGUAACCAAACAACUGGGCAAACAAAUCCAACAACAUUUUCGUUACUUGAAGCAGAGACGUCGCCUGAUCCUUCCUACAGCCCUGGACCCGAGGUUCAAAAACAUCAUAAUGAGUGAUGUGGGAAUAGCUAGACCUUUCUUAAAAAAACUAAAUGAAGAUCUUCAAGUGGUUGGAACUCCACUAAAAACCUCAGAUUUAGGUCAAAUUCUGCACCGGUACACUAAAGGCGGACAAAUUCCAGAGAGGGAAAACCCUCUUGAAUGGUGGAGUAGAGAUGGAUCUGUGGACUUCGUGGAUCUGACCCGCGUAGCCCGAAGAAACCUUGGUGUGGUUUCUACAGCCAUCCCGCCAAAGAGAGCUUUCCAAGAGGCAGAAAACAUGAUACACAACAGAAGAAUAUGCCUGGAGCCUGAGAAUAUCAACAUGAUACUGUUUCUGAACAGCAACUCUCCUAAUAUUUAAAACGGAUCAGCAACAUUCACUGUAUAAGACCGAUAGAUGAUAGAUUAAAAAAUAUAUGAAUACAUUCCAAGGACUGUGACAGUCCCCUGGUGGACAGAGAACAUUUCUGGUAUUAGAAUUUGUAGUUUAAGUUAUUUAAAACAAUACAGAAAAAAUAUAUGACAGGGUAUGAAGGAAACCUAAAAGAACCUCAUAUUAUUUCGAGAACGGGCAUGGAGUCGCGGAAGGUAGGCGGCUAUGACAGCCAAUCCUGUAGUCUGUCUGCCAGGGGCCUAGUGGUUUAAGCAUCUGAUCAUUACACUGAAGGGCGCCAGACUGAAUCUGUGAUCUGGCAAGAUUGUUCUGUUCCAGAGCAAAGCAGUUAACCUCUAGUUGCUACUAGAUCCUUCAUGAAAAUCCUUAAUGUGACUGGUCAAACCUGACCGGUCACACCUGCCUGGUCACACCUAAUUGGUCAAACCUGGCUGGUCACAUCUGACUGGUCACACCUAAUUGGUCAAACCUGACUGUCCACACUAAUCAGACAAAGAACGAAAGUGCAGAUUAUCAACUGCCAAAAACCAAACAAAAAAUAUAAAAUAUUUAUUUUGGGUUUACAUUGAGCUUCCUCAAAUAGAAACUGGAUUGUUACUGCUGAGUUCACUCUUUACUCUAAUCUGCACACUUAUUGGUUCAUAAUCAGGGAGAUCCUCUCUGAUGUUUUUUAGACUCAGUUUGACAGAUUACUUAUUUGCUAUGGUCAUAUUUAGGCAUUAAAACAAUAUAUUGAUGUGUUGUCACCAAAUGUGUUGUCAGUACCAUCCUUUAUGGUUGCAUUGAUGGUGUUUUUUCAGUAUAAAUUGUGCCUUUGAACCACUCAUCUUGUUGGGCGUAGGGGGUGGCAGAGGAU